GAGCCGGACCGAGGCUGGAAACUGACAUGGGAUGGAGAGACUGGAGCGGAGCGCGGAGCACUGAGAGGCGGCGCAGGGGGAACAAAGCCUGACUGGGAGACGGGCAGGGCUUGUGACUAGGUGAGUGCUGCUGGGGAGGACAGCAAGACCUCGCCGCCCAGCCUGGCCCCCAGGGAAGUUCUCGCUGCUCGGUCCCCCUUGCUGGGACAAUGCCGAUCCUGAAGCAGCUAGUCUCCAACUCUGCCCACUCCAAGCGGCGCUCACGGGCAGAUCUGACAGCUGAGAUGAUCAGCGCCCCGCUGGGUGACUUCCGCCACACCAUGCACGUGGGCAGAGCGGGGGACGCCUUCGGGGACACCUCCUUCCUCAACAGCAAGGCCGGCGAGCCGGAGUCUCCUGAGGAGCUGGGCUCCUCCAAACCCGGCCUGCUGUCCCGUAAGUUCCGCAGCAGCAAGAGGUCACAGUCGGUGACGCGUGGCGACCGGCGGGACAUGCUAGGCUCCCUGAGGGACUCGGCCAUCUUCGUGAAGAACGCCGUUUCCCUGCCUCAGCUCACCGAGAAGGAGGGAGACAAAAGCACCGGGAAGCUGCCCAAGAGCCUUUCCUCGAGCCCUGUCAAGAAGGCACCGGAGCAGGUGGUCACCCCAGAGGAAAAGCCACGUCCCAACGGCGCAGCCGCCCGCCCUCAGAGUCCCGGCCUGGACGAGCAUGACUUUGGGGACCUGACGGAUCUGCCUGUCGUGGUGCCCAAGAGCAGCUAUGGCAUGAAACACGCCGAGUCCAUCAUGUCCUUCCACAUCGACCUGGGGCCCUCCAUGCUGGGGGACGUCCUGAGCAUCAUGGACAAAGACCAGUGGGACCAGGAUGAAGACUUCAGCGCCAUGGUACCUGAGGAGCUCCGAAGGGAUGGAGGCCCUACCCGGGUACCUGCAGCCCACCGGCUCAGCCAGGAAGGAAGGCCCCUGCCGGAUUCCUUGCUGACGGCACCAGCCUGCCAGGACCAGAGCAGGGCUGUGGGCUCUGCCCGGAGCCAGGUCAACAGGGACAGCAGUUUGGUUUCUAGCUGCACGGUACAGGGGCUGGAGGAGUGCCGCCCAUCCCCCGAAAGACAGAGCUACAAGAUCCCAGACGGCGCCCAGCCUGGCCCCCCCAAGCAGCACGACAAAGAGUUCUCCUUCGCGGAUGAGGAGGACGACGAGAUCAGAGUGUAGGAAGGUGGCUGAUCUGACGAGGCUGGUGUAAAUUUGCGGUAGCUUGAGCACAAGAAGGGAUAACCCAAAACUGACAAUGUCAGAAGAAAUGGCACCGGGAGACACUUAACUCAACUCCUUUCCCUUUCCCCACGGGCUGUGGCCAGAUUCCCCUCCGCUCCUCUCUGACGUCCCUCCAGGGACUUGGCGAACCUGUGAAACGGGAAGAUAGAUGUCAUGGGGUUAGUUUUUGCUAUUCUGAGGUCACUGUGGGAGAGGGAGAAACUUGGGUUUAAGUCAUAAUAUUACAUCGAACAACAUCCUCCUGUAAGGCUGCUGAUCUCUGCGAGCCGUGGGAGAACAGCAGGAGGGAGAGGGGACGAGCCUGCUCGCCAGGCUGGAGACAAUUCCUUUCCCAGAAGAAGACCCCAGGCUGUACUGCAAGGGGGAAACGUACUUUCGCUUCCACUGGACUUUGGAUAGUAACUUGAUCUACAGGCCACAUUGAGCAACACAGAGUCAAGUGACAAGGACAAGGCUUGAAGCCCCAAUGCCCUUAGUAAUAUACAUUUCCCCCUUGUGUUUUUAUUGGCUUCUGAUUUGUGCUGGUGACUCUUUUUAACAGCAGACAAGCGGAAUUCCAGUCUGAAAGAACUUGGUUCAAGAGUUUAGACUUCUGCAUAUUGUAGAGUGAAGUGGCAUUGGAAAGCCAGUGGUUUCUAAGCCGGCAGCUGAUGGUACUUCUCUUUGGGCAGAGUGCUGGGAGGGCCUGCAGCUCCAGAGGCGGGGGGAGGGAUUUUUUUUAACUCUUAUAUCUUUUUUUUUUUUUUUUUUUUUUUUUUUUUUUCUUUUCUCAUCUCAAAGUGUCCUAUGUUGCAGCACCUUUGGGCCCACGGGCUCUCUGCAGCCUGCCACAGCUGCUCCUACGCAUUGGACUCAGACCUCAUCCAACCACCCCUUGAGAAACCCUCUCCUGUCCCUGCAGCAGCAUCACAUCCCUGGCACUGCGAUGCCCAGGCACACACACACACACGCACACGCACCGGUCAUGGUACGAUGCAGAGCUGUAACAGAUGCCGCAGGCAGCAGAGCUGCCUGCAAGCCUGGCGCUCUAGAAGCAGGACCCAAUGACUAUGGUGCCAUUCCCAGGUGUGUGGAAGGUUAUGGUGGAAGGAGCUGGAGGUGCCUUCUGGGGAAUCCCCUUAACAGGGCUGGGGCAGAGAUGUUGGCUGACCCCCCUCCCGUCCCCCCCCCCAG